CCAAAACAUUCAACUUAAAGAUCAUUCAUACAAUUUAAAGGAAAAAACAAUGGCAGACGAGAGAGCUGGGGCCGAGAUCGUGUGUGGGGAUGAAGAUUGUGGUCGCUAUUCCAUUGAUCUCCUUGAAGAGCUCGGUUUCCCAAAAGGCAUUCUCCCACUCAAAGAUUUGGUGGAGUGUGGGAGAGUUCGUCAGACUGGUUUUGUUUGGCUGAAGCAAAAGGCUCCAUGUGAACACUUUUUUAAAGAGGCUAAUGCAAGUGUUAGCUAUGCAACUGAGAUAACUGCGUAUAUUGAAAAAUGUAAGAUGACGAAAGUGACUGGGAUUAAAAGCAAAAAAAUGAUGAUGUGGGUGCCUGUUGUUGAGAUGAGUAUGGAAAAUGAAAAAAGCUCCAAGAUUUACUUCAAGACAUCGAUUGGAGUAGGAAAGUCGUAUCCAGUUACUGCGUUUGUGACUGACGAAGAAAAGAAGAUGUACGUUGAUCAGCCGUCAAAGUGAAUCAAGUUUGAUUUCUCAAAAUUAUCUUAUCAUAUUAUCAUAAAACAUGUUCUUAUAUUUGAAAAACUGAGAAUACUACUUACGUGAAAUAUACAUAUGAAAUAAUUUGUUAUGUAAUUUGAAAAAGUCACAAACUCUAUAAAUUUUGGAUCGUUGUUGGUUUU